CACGUCAGCCCGAAUGAAGCGUCAUCCUUUCUGAUGUAGAGCGGCACGGCGGCCUUUCUUCGCCGUCUGCAUUUCCCUCAGUCUGUCCUCUCUCAUCCCGGUAUUUCAGCUCUGUAAUUUCUCCAACCAUGACUCGAAAGUCGCCACUUCUCGCCGCCUGCCUGCUCCUGCUGGCGGCGGUGAGCUCCGAGGUUUCAGCGGACGGCUUGGUGAACGAGGAGGUGAAGAGGACAGUGGACCUGGGCACUCAUCUGGCUAAGAUCACCGCGGAGAUCGUGCUGUCCAACCAGGGACACUCUGCCGUGCACAGCUUCAUAUUGGCGGUGGAGGCUGACCUGGCCCCGCACCUGGCGUACAUCGGAGCCUCGGUGAAGGGUGAUGAAGAAGAGGAUGGCACACUUGAACUUCAACAGACAACAAUUCAGGGCCAGAGUGGGGAGUUUUACAAAGUGCAGCUGCCCUCCAGUCUGGCAGCAGGUGCUCAGCUGAAAGCAAAGGUGGAGAUGACAUUAACCCACGUCCUGAAGCCCUUCCCCACACACAUCACCCAGGCUGAGCGCCAGCUGGUGGUCUUUCAGGGGAACCACUACUUUUACUCCCCGUACCCCACCCGCAGCCAGACCACACGUGUUCGCCUGGCCUCCAAGACUGUGGAGAGCUACACCAAGCUGGGUAACCCCAGUAAGAACGAUGAGAUCAUUGAGUACGGACCCUUCCGUGAUGUGGCUCCAUUCAGCGAGGAUACCAUGAAGAUCCAUUACGAAAACAACUCACCCUUCCUCACCAUCAGCAGCAUCAUUCGGACCAUUGAGGUCUCUCACUGGGGUAACAUUGCUGUGGAAGAGACCAUCGACUUGAGGCACACAGGAGCCUUCCUGAAGGGGCCCUUUUCACGUUAUGAUUAUCAGCGUCAGUCAGACAGCGGCAUCUCAUCUGUGAAAUCCUUCAAGACUAUCCUUCCUGCCUCAGCCCAGGACGUCUACUAUAGAGAUGAGAUUGGAAACAUCUCCACCUCCCAUCUGCAGGUCCUGGAUGACUCAGUGGAGGUGGAGGUCAGGCCUCGCUUCCCCUUGUUCGGAGGCUGGAAGACCCAUUACAUCAUCGGCUACAAUCUGCCCAGCUAUGAGUACCUCUACACCCUGGGUGACCAGUAUGCACUGAAGAUGAGGCUAGUUGACCAUGUGUAUGACGACCAGGUGAUUGACUCCCUCACUGUGAAAAUCAUCCUGCCAGAAGGGGCCAGAAACAUCCACGUGGACACACCUUACAAAAUUGAUCGCAUGCCAAACCAGCUGCAUUACACGUAUCUGGAUACGUUUGGCCGACCAGUGCUGGUUGCCACCAAGACCAACCUGGUGGAGCAUCACAUUCAGGAUGUUGUGGUUCAUUAUAACUUCAACAAGAUCCUGAUGCUGCAGGAGCCUCUCUUGGUAGUAGGGGCCUUCUACAUCCUCUUCUUCACUGUCAUCAUCUAUGUCCGCUUGGACUUUGCCAUCACAAAGGACCCUGCGGCUGAGGUGCGUAUGAAGGUUGCCUCCAUCACAGAGCAGGUGCUGACUCUGGUCAACAAGCGUCUGGGUCUGUACCGACACAUGGACGAGGUGGUGAACCGCUACAAGCAGUCCCGUGACACGGGGGCGCUCAACAGCGGCCGGAAGACUCUGGAGGCUGACCACCGCACUCUCACCAACGAAAUCAGCUCACUGCAGGCCCGCCUCAAAGCUGAGGGCUCUGAUUUGGCUGAUAAGGUCGGGGAGGUGCAGAAGCUGGAUGGCCAGGUGAAGGAGCUGGUGUGUCGCUCCUGCCAGGAGGCGGAGCGGCUGGUGGCAGGUAAGGUCAAGAAGGAGGCUUACAUCGAGAGCGAGAAGACUCUGACAGGCAAGAGGCAAGAGCUCGUCAGCCGCAUCGACAGUCUGCUGGAUGCCCUCUAAACUUCUCCUGCCGCACUCGCACACACAGACACACACCACCCCCGCUGCAACAUACAAGCAACCAUUUGUAUGAAUAAGAAUUAAAUGAAAAAUGUGACACAAAUGCUUACACUUUUUUUUUUUUUUUUACCAUCUUUGAAACCAGACAUGGACAAUUAACAUCUCAUCUUCUGGUAGUGAUGGGUUUAUCCAAACACUCGUGCCUUGUGAUAAACUUGAGGUCACUGCGCGCUCAGCUCCACAGCAGCUACGUCACAACUUUUGGAUUUUAUAUUUGUCUGUUUUUGAGUUUGUUCAGUUACUCUUAAACUUUGUCACACUGCCCGGACUUGACGCUUCAUUUUCAUGUUCAAAUCUGGACUUUAUUUUUUUCCCCCUUUUUAAGUAUGUAUGGUUAUGGGACUUUUUUUGGAAUCGAACAGCAAAAGGGCCCAAGUGUUUUCGAUCUCAUGUCUUUACUCACAUAUGCCGUACUCUAAGAUCGAAUCAUCCCUAGCUCUUAAGUACGAAGGUAAUGUUUUCCAAUCGUAUCUCUUUUGCACUUACAACUGUUUUCUACUCGCCUCUGACUGACGUUUAUAUUUGAACAAAUUUGAAGCUACAACUCUGUCAUCCCAAAUGCUUGUUUUUGAUGUUCCUCAGUCAUAUUUUCUACAUUUUGUAUGAGUUUUUGUUUUGUAAGUGGUGUUUUUUUUUUUUUUUUGGACCAUGAGAUUAGUGACUACAUGAGAUUAGGUUGUAUGCGAGAAAAGACAUGGGAGAUGGGACACAGAUGAUUGUGAAAUGGGCAAUGAUGUGGAAAGCUGUCAAAUUUGAAAUAAAGUUUUGAGAAACUCA